AAAAUCUUAAGAGUUGACACGUGUGGCUGUGAAAUACUGAUCAAGGGAGAUCAAAAUGCUGCGAUUUUGUCAUGCAAUUUUCUAUUGAAAAACAAUGUUGGACACUAGCACAUAUUUCAAUUUUUCCCAUGUUCUAAUAAUUGUAAUUUCCACAGAGGCUUGAAGUGACUGAUGAUGGUCUAUUGUUGAGCACCUUCGACAUCCUGUGUACAGGGAUCUUACACAAACAUCAAGGUAGUGAAAUACCCUGCCCUGUUCAUUUUUUGCACCUAACAUAAAUCUUCUUUCAACAUCAUUGGCAUAUAUAUUCUUCUGAGAUUUUUAAAGUGGUCAAUGAUGCUUUUGCCACGAGCUCCAUCGCUGCAGGUCUGAAUCAUACUUUGAUUUCCCUUGUCCUUAAAAUUGAUGGCCCUCAGCACAUGGUGAAUUUUAGACCCAUCAGCCUUUGCACCACCAUUUAUAAAGUUAUUUCCAAAGUUAUUGUUGCCAGAAUCAGAACUUUGAUGCAGGUUUUGAUUAGUCCUAAUCAGGUGAGCUAUGUUCCAGGGAGAAACAUUUCUGACAAUGUCAUGAUAGGUCAAGAGAUGUUAUUCAAGUUUAAAAAAUCCAAAGGUAAGCAGGGUUUCUUUGCUCGGAAAAUUGAUUUGUCUAAAGCCAACGAUAGACUUAGUUGGAAUUUUAUUGAGAUGGUCUUUUAUUAAGCCAAAUUUCCUACAACUCUUGUCAAACUUAUUUUACAAGUCAACUGCAGUUCUUUAUUUAUUUAUUUUGGAUAAAAAAAAUUAGUGUGCAAGUAUCGAUAACUUAUCACCAGAUGCAAGUCAACUGAUCUUCACCUGAACUGUAUUAUUGGAAAAUGAGGAUUUGUAAGUAUUGAUAACUUAUCACCAGAUGCAACUCUGUCUUCAGGCUAUUAAUUUGACCUCUGAGCUUUUUUGCAUCCAUGAUUUUGCAAGACUUCUGGUAUCAUCAGGAUUCAGGAGGUGUUGAUAAGGUCAGACUUACCUUACAUGUAUAUCUAAUUCAUUCAUGUUAUUCUGUUUUGAGUUUUGACAUUCUAUAUAAAUAGACCACCAUUUUGUGUGUACGAAUUGUUAUUCAUUGUGUCAAAGGUAUAGAGCAAUACUGCUUAUAUAAAAGCAUCACUGUUUGAAACUAUUAUAUAAAUGUUUUUACACAUCCUUAUUGGAGUGCAGACUGGGUUGGUGGUUGUGAAUUCAGUUAUUUUGGUGUAUCCUUGGAGGUUACACGUGAAGUCAGAUUUCUUCACUGUCACUACUGCUAAUGGUUGCUUUUCAGUUAAAUCUGCCAACAACUCCCUUUUUGAUUUCUCAAAUUCUCAUAAUUCUCAAUGGAAGUUGAUUUGGAAUCUUGAUAUUCCUCCCAAGCUGAAAACUUUCCUUUGGACUAUGCUUCAUAAAAAGCUGUUAACUAAUGUUCAAAGGGUCACUAGAAGAUUUACCAAUGAUGCUGCGUCCUAUAUGCCACUCUGCUGAUGAUACUCUUAUGCAUCUCUUAAGGGAUUGUCCUAGAUCUAUGCAGAUUUGGAGAGCAUUCCCUAAGAUUGAACCGGCAGCUGUUCUUAUGUGUGUGUGUGUGGGUUUGUGGGCUGGACUUAUCAUCGAUUUUUGUAACAGAAAACCGGAGUCUGUAAUAGUGAAAGAGAGAAGCCUUUCGGUGAUUCUUUUGGCCGGUGGGAAGUAUGCUGAAACAGUAUCUCCCGCUUUUAAGCCAGCCAAUUGCAUUGUGCAGAUGCCAAGCAUAAGAUCCAGACGGAACUCAAAUUCACCCUAUCUGGGAAGGAAAGACAAGAUUCUGUCUACAGUGGAUUCCAGUGCUGUAGGACACAUGUAUUCUGAUUUGGUUUCAGUUGUGUUCUCAGAUGCCAAGCAUAAGAUCCAGACGGAACUCAAAUUCACCCUACCUGGGAAGGAAAGACAAGAUUCUGUCUACUGUGGACUCCAGAAUGUCAUGAUAGCUCAAGAGAUUAGUCCUAAUCAAGUUUUGAUUAGUCCUAAUCAGGUGAGCUAUGUUCCAGGGAGAAACAUUUCUGACAAUGUCAUGAUAGCUCACAAGAGAUGUUAUUCAAGUUUAAAAAAUCCAAAGAUGCUAUCCGAUCUCAUCCAUUCUGCUGUGGAAUAUGGUCACUGGAAGUCUGUAAAUGCUUCUCAAUCUGGCCCCAGAAUUUCUCACUUAUUUUUUGUGGAUGAUCUUAUGUUGUUUGCUGAAGCCACUGAGCAUCAGGCUUAUGGUUUGAAAACUUGUCUUGAUAAUUUCUGUGCUAUUUCUGGACAAAUUAUUAGUUAUGAGAAGUCUUUAAUUUUCUGCUCUCCUAACACCACUAAGACUAUGGCUAGCAGUAUCAGCGCCACAUGUGGUUCCCCUCUCACUUCUGACCUUGGUAAAUACCUAGGUAUGCCUCUCAUUCAUUCCAGAGUCAAUAAGCACACUUAUGAUGCUAUCUUUUAUAAGGUCCAAAGUAGAUUGUCAAGUUGGAAAAGCAAGGUCCUGAACAUGGCAGGCAGACUGACUUUGAUUCAAUCUGUCACUUCUGCUAUUCCUAAUUAUGCCAUGCAAACUACUAAAUUUCCUGUGAGUCUUUGUGACAGGUUGGAUAAGUUGAAUAGGAACUUUCUCUGGGGAGAUGUUGAUGAUAAGAAGAAAUUAAGUCCAUUUGGUGAAUUAAGACAUUCAUUUUUGAGGAUCAGUAUAUGCCCUCUUCUGAUUGUUCUAGCACCUGGAGAGCCAUCAUUCAUGGAGCUGAGCUUAUCAGGGCUGGAAUAUUCCUCUCUUAAUGAUUCUGUCCCUGCGGAUGUUAAUCAAAUUAUUAAUGUGCCUACUCGCUUUGCAAAUUCUGGGAGGGAUACUUUGAUAUGGGGAUCUACAGCUAAUGGUUGCUUUUCAGUUAAAUCUGCCUAUAACUCCCUUUUUGAUUUCUCAAAUUCUCAAAAUUCUCAAUGGAAAUUGAUUUGGAAUCUUGAUAUUCCUCCCAAGCUGAAAAAUUUCCUUUGGACUAUGCUUCAUAAAUCUAUGCAGAUCUAUGCAGAUUUGGAGAGCUUUCCCUAA